AUGGAUGACAAAGGAGAAAUAGAAUUCUUUAAUUUUGUUCCUAUACAUUUUGUAAAUGAGUUAGAAUCGGAUAUCACCAAUCUUAUCUCAAGUCUUUUAAAUAACAAUAAGAUUCUAUUAGAUUCUUGUAAAAAGAAUAUGUUUAUAUUUAAAAGUUUUGUAUUAAGAAAUAUUAUUAAGUUUCCUUCUACAUUUAAAUAUGAAAGAAAGAAGACAGAUCUUGUUAUUGAUACACCACUAGAUAUUAAUAAGUACUAUAAUAAUGUAAAUAAGAAAGACUUAUUACUUUGUAAAAUAAAUAAUUUAAAUAAGAAGAUAUGUGCAUUAAAAAAUAAAUGUAAUAAUUUAGAUAAAAUAUUAGAAUAUGAGAAUGACAUGAUACAAGCAUCUAAGAAUAUUAGAGAUAUUAAAUAUAAAUAUAAUAAUAUUAUGGAGUAUGUUAGUACUCUACCCUUUUUAGAAAUAGAUGAAGAAAAUUUUAAUUAUUUAUUGGAAUAUAGAGAGAUUAGAAGUGAGAUAUUAAAGAGGGAGGUGGAUGAUUUAAGAGAGAGGAUUGAUAUGAAUAUUUUAUAA